GCCAUUGCAACUGUUUUGUAUUUGUAUUUUUGUAACCUCAGAUCCAAAGUCCUCUCACUUCUUCUUGGAUUCUGAUUCAUUUUCCAACUCUCUCCUUCUUUCUUUCUUUACUCUUUCACUUUCCCAAGGAAAAAAAAAUUACAAAUUUCCAGAAUUUUCUUUUGUCUCUUUCUUCACUCGAAGAUCGUUCUCAUCUCCCUUUCUUUGUUUUUCUUCUCGUCUCAUUCUUUCAGAUAUCACCCAAAAACACUUUCGCUAACUUUCCCGCGAAAAUUCUCUCUGAUACUUUUCCCGGGAAUCUUCGAGAAAAGUUUGAGACUUUACUUUCUUUCAAUGGCGUCAAGAGAAGUAUCAGCCAUGAUCAAACACGGGUUCAUCGCAGAUCCUUCUCUCUCUUUCUCUCCUUCAAGAACCAACUCACCAGCCAAACACUCCUCCUCUCCUCCACCACCACCACCGUCUCCGCCUCCUCCUCCUCCUCCGCCGUUGAACGAGCCUACUCACUCGAACCCGACCCUUUUCGACAUGAUGUCAGAGGAGCACCACCGCGAGCAUCCGCCGCGGAGGAAGUCCCACGCGCGCGUAGCUCAGAUCAUGUCCGAGUUCAAGAACGGCGUCGUUUACGACCUCGGCCUCCCCAGCGACGUCAAGCUGACCGUGGUGGGGAGAGACGGGUACAGAGUCACCAUGGACGUUCACAGGAAGGUUCUGUCCGAGAAGAGCAGGUUUUUCAUGGAGAAGAUGAGUUGUAGGAGAGAGAAAGGAGUUUCUCACGUGGUGGAGAUUAGCGAGUGCGAUGACGUCGAGAUCUAUGUGGAGACUGUCGUCUUGAUGUACUGCGAUGAUCUCAAGAAGAAGCUGGUCGGUGAGAACGUCGUCAAGAUCUUGGCUUUGCUCAAGGUGAGUGCUGCUAUAUCGUUUGACGAGGGAGUGGUGUCGUGUUUGGAGCAUUUGGAAGCUGCUCCGUGGUCUGAAGACGAAGAAGAGGUCGUUGUGUCGUGUCUUGAUGAGCUUCAUCUUCCUGAGGACUCGGUCGCUUUGAUUCUUCAGAGAGUUUCGUCUGAACCGAGGAGAGCUAGAACGGAUGAUGAUAUCUUCUUGAAGCUUCUCACUGGUGUGCUACAGGCGAAAGAUGAUAAAGCUAGACGAGAGAUGAAAGUGUUGAUCUUUAAGUUGGUUCGAGAAGAAGCUGACCGUGAAGUCUCUAAAGACACUCUCUACGGUCUGUGCCAUAGAUGUCUCACCUCUCUCGUCCUCUGCUUAUCUGAGGUGACCACGCAGAUGAAUGAUCCGGGGAAAGACCGUGGUGCUCUCAUGGGAGAGAUCGCUAGAGAAGCUGAUAACAUGCUGUGGAUGGUGGAUAUACUGAUCGAGAAGAAGAUGUGCGAUGAGUUUGUGAAGCUAUGGGCGGAUCAGAAGGAGCUAGCGGAUCUCCACUCCAAGAUACCUACCAUGUAUAGGCACGAGAUAAGCAAGAUCACUGCGCAGAUAUGCGUUGGUAUCGGUAGAGGAAGGAUCUUGGUGAACCGUGAGACUAGGUUUGCGGUUUUGAACACGUGGUUGGAGGCUUUGUAUGAUGACUUUGGGUGGAUGAGACGGGUAUCGUCGAGGUCUCUUGAUAGGAAGCUGGUGGAGGAUGGACUCAGCCAGACUAUACUGACCUUGUCGUUGAGGCAACAGCAGGUGAUUCUGAUGAAGUGGUUUGAUCGGUUUCUGAGCAAAGGUGAUGAUUGCCCGAAUGUUCAACGAGCCUUUGAGGUCUGGUGGAGAAGAGCUUUCAUAAGACAGGUUAUAGCAGAGCCGGAUGCAUCACAGCUGCAGAUGACACUCUAUGACUAAUAACUCAAAUAGAAUAAGAUUGUUACCCCUCAAAAUAUUAUAUCUUUGUUUUUUUUUUUUUUGGUUGGUAGAGUGUUGUUACUGUUUGUGACUUUCCAAUGCGAAACAAAGGUUCAAAAGAAAAUGCCUCGAAAGAUAUUUAGUAUCUAAGCAAUGAUCAGAUCAGAACAGAAGAAAAAAAAGAAAAA